AAGACACUCAGAGGGACAUCUCUCCUCUUAGUGGACUCACCUGCUCCGACUCCUUCCUAGCCCUCCCUAAGCUCUCAACAGCAACCAUGAGUGUCAGGAUCUCCUCAUCCAGCUUCAGCAGCGGUGGCAGCAUGAGCGGCGGUGGCUUCAGCAGUGGUGGCGGUGGCUUCAGUGGCGGCGGUGGCUUCAGCAGCGGUGGCAGCGUCAGGAGGAGCUUCUCCAGCCAGUCCGCCCUGGCAGGUUCCAUUGGUGGCAGCCGCAUGAGCUCUGUGUCCAUGAGGCGCUCUGUCGGUGGCGGCGGUCUGGCCAUGGGAGGUGGUGGCGGUGGUUCCAGCUUCAGCUACGGCAUGGGCGGAGGUGGUGGUGGUGGAGGUAUGGCCCUCGGUGGUGGAGGCAUGGGUUUUGGAGCUGGUGGUGCUGGCUUUGGACUCGGCAUGGGUGGUGGAGGUGGUGGCUGCAUUCCACCCGCCAUCACAGCUGUCACCGUCAACCAGAGCCUGCUCGCCCCCCUGAACCUGGCCAUUGACCCCAACAUCCAGACAGUCCGCACCCAAGAGAAGGAGCAGAUCAAGACCCUCAACAACCGCUUCGCCUCCUUUAUUGACAAGGUGCGCUUCCUGGAACAGCAGAACAAGAUGCUGGAGACCAAGUGGAGUCUUCUCCAGGACCAGACCACCGUGCGCUCCAACAUCGACUCCAUGUUCGAGGCCUACAUCGGCAACCUGCGCAGACAGCUCGACGGCCUGGGCAACGAGAAGGUCAAGCUGGAGGGAGAGCUGAGGAACAUGCAAGGUCUGGUUGAGGACUUCAAGCUGAAAUAUGAAGAUGAAAUCAACAAGCGUGCCUCAGCGGAGAAUGAGUUUGUUCUGCUGAAGAAGGAUGUUGAUGCUGCCUACAUGGUCAAGGUGGAACUGGAGGCCAGGGUUGAUGCCCUUCAGGAUGAGAUCAACUUCCUCAGGGCCAUCUAUGAGGAGGAGCUGCGUGAGCUGCAGGGACAGAUCAAGGACACCUCUGCUAUUGUGGAGAUGGACAACAGCCGUACUCUGGACAUGGACUCCAUUGUGGCUGAAGUGCGUGCUCAGUACGAAGACAUCGCCAACCGCAGCCGUGCUGAGGCUGAGACCUGGUACAAGGCCAAGUUUGAAGAGAUGCAGUCCUCUGCUGGCCAAUAUGGUAAUGACCUGCGCACAACCAAGUCAGAGAUCGCAGAGCUCAACCGCAUGAUCAGCCGUCUAACAAGUGAGAUUGAGGCAGUCAAAGGACAACGCGCCAGCCUUGAGGCCCAGAUUGCAGAGGCUGAGGAGCGUGGUGAGAUGGCAGUGAAGGAUGCCAGGCUGCGGAUCAGGGACCUCGAGGUGGCCCUCCAGAACGCCAAGCAGGACAUGGCCCGCCAGGUGCGCGAGUACCAGGAGCUGAUGAACGUCAAACUGGCCCUCGACAUUGAGAUCGCCACCUACAGGAAACUGCUGGAAGGAGAGGAGUCCAGAAUUGGUGGUGCCUCUGCAACCGUUCACGUUCAGGAGACCUCAGCUGCUGGUGGAGGCGGUGGCCUGGCCCUUGGUGGUGGCGGAGGAUUUGGCUACGGUGGUGGUGCUGGAAUUGGCAGCGGUGGUGGCGGAGGAUUCGGCUACGGUGGUGCCGGCAUGGGCAUCGGAAUUGGCGGCGGCGGUGCUGGAUUCGGCUACGGUGGUGGUGCCGGCAUGGGCAUCAAAAUUGGAGGUGGCAGCAGCAUGUCCAUGUCUCAAUCCUCCAGCUCCAACAUGCGCUACCCCUAUUGAUAACAUCCUCCAGCUCCAACAUGCGCUACCCCUAUUGAUAACAUCCUCCACCUCCAACAUCCUCCACCUCCAACAUGCGCUACCCCUAUUGAUAACAUCCUGAGCAACAAGUGUUCUUUUUGAAGCAUUUCCAAACACGGGCCCAUGGAGCUUCAGAAACAACUCAAAGUGAUAUCCUGGCCCUCAAUGAAUAAAGUAAUUGUUUGAUAGCCUACAGUAUGCAUAGUCAUCUUUUAUUCUGUUCUCUACAUUUCUCCUGGGAUAAUGGGCCUUGCAGAGAGCUUUGUAGGCAGCUCUCUGUUAUCACUCACUUCUCCAUGUGUCCCUGCAACCGCUGAUCUUGACCAGAUUUAGGAUGUGUCAUGUACAACAAGUGAAAACACU